UUUUCCUGGAAAUGAGCAAAACGAGCACGGACGCAAACGACUACUCGCGGUUCAAGGACAUCGUGGACUCGGACGACGAGAAAGAAGCAUCGUCUAGGACGACCGCGGCCGCCCCUGCGUCGUCCUGCUGCCGCAACUGCAACAAAGUGGACGCAAAGCUAAAGUGCUCCAUUUGCAAGAAAGCCACGUAUUGCAAUCGCCAAUGCCAGACAAGCGAUUGGACGUACCAUCGACGCAUUUGCAAGAAACCCGAAGACAAAGUGGACACUGCUUCUGCCGGUCGUUCAAAGCCGCGGCCAGUAGAAGGUGCCGCCGCGUCGGGCACGUCGUCGUCGUCCGCCAAGCCUUCCUCGUCAUCGUCCACGAAAGCGACCAAACCUGUACGACGAGAGGUUGUGACCGAAGAAGAUGACCUGGAGAAUGCGCGCGGGUACAAGAACGGGAUGCCGUACUUUCAUCGCGAGCAAUCGGAGCAUGAGAAGUCGCUCAUCGGUGACAUCGCCCCCAAGAAGCUGGAUGAUGUGCCCGAGCUCGCCGCGGCGACAACAGUAAGCCACGAUGGCUCGGCUUGGAACACAGCAGGAACGUUCGAGCAGCGCGACUUUACGUCUUGGGCAAAGGAUCGGUUGAAGGACUUGCUUGGCAACGUCGAAGCGACUUCUCGGUCGUACACGAUCCGUGGAGGGGACGUCAAGGAUAUCAAAGGUGACGCGUCCGUGUGCGUCGUGCGCGGGAAGAAGCGCUUCCUCUUCGACUUUGAAUUCGUCAUUGAAUGGACGGUGGUCGGGAAGGACGGAUACAAGGGCAAGCUGACGUUCCAAGAUAUCUCAAACGACGGCGACUACGAGAUUGCGGUGCAGUACAAGAAGAAGCCGGUCGACCCGUUGGAGUUGAAGGAGCUCGCGUUGGCUGUGAAUGGGCCAGCGGAAGGGCUCCGCCAUGCCGUGCUCGAGCGUAUUGCUACGUUUGUGACCGAGUACCAAGCGCUGUAGUGGGGGCCAUGAAUGCAUCAAAUCAACGUGGCACAUACAGAUGGGCCUGUGCACGUCAUUUAAACCCUCGUCUCAACAAAAACAACCGCAGCAGCAGCGGGUGCCGACGGAUGGUCUCCCAGCAGGAAAACACGUCGUUGGGGCCGUCGCGAUGAAUGGCGAUGCUUGGCAGCGCCACCCGCACCGCACACGCGCCGACAACGCUCGCUUGGGCGGAGAGGCCUCUCAAAACUCUGCUCGGUUCACUGCGGCCGGUCGACGUCGCGCUUGCCUCACAUCGAGAACCCUUCCGGAAGGACCGCGCUAUCGAUACUACGUAGUGUACACCCUCCAUGCAUCCCGUCGUGUGUAGCGAUUGAAAUCGGCAAGUCGCGACGUUGCAAGUCCAUCCCGCCAGCAUGCGCCGGAUGCGUUGUGGGGUAUCAGUCAUGACGUAGAACGUGUUAUCGCUUCUACUCUGUCUGCUUGACCCGCUUGACCUUUUUGCCACCGUGUUUGAGCCCGAGUUCGUCGCGCUCGUCGGCCUGUUUCGACUUGAAAGCACGUCGGAGAUCUUCGA